AUGACUAGCUCCAUUUACAUCGGUAUCGACAACGGCACACAAGGCACCAAAGUUAUUGCAUAUUCUUCUGACGAGAAAAAGAUUCUCGCUACAGGCUAUAGCGCUCAUAAGAUAAUUGAGAACAAUGAAGGGCGUAGGGAGCAAGAUCCUCAAUGGUGGAUUGAUGCAGCUGAUGAAGCAAUGAAGAAAGUGUUAUCAGAUCCAAAUGUUGAUCCAAAGAAAGUUAAAGGAAUUGGUGUAUCUGGACAACAGCAUGGAUGUGUUGUUCUUGAUUCAGAAGGUAAGGUUUUAAGACCAGCAAAACUCUGGUGUGAUACAGAAACAAGCCCAGAAUGCGAUUAUUUAACAAAUAAAUUAGGAGGAAUCGAAAAGGUUGUUGAAUUAAUCGGAAACUCCAUUGCUGCUGGAUUUACUGUCUCCAAGGUUCUUUGGAUCAAGAACCAUGAACCAGAAACAUACGAAAAAAUCAAGAUGAUUUUACUUCCACACGAUUACAUCAACUAUUGGCUCACCGGUAACUACACAACCGAUAUGGGUGAUGCAUCAGGUACAGCUUACUUCAAUGUUCGUACAAGAACAUGGUCAAAUGAAAUUCUCAACGCAAUUGACGAGAAGAGAGACUGGUCGAAGUGUCUUCCAACAAUCCUUAAGUGGAAUGAAAAGGCAGGAACCGUCAGAAAAGAGAUUGCUGACAAGUACGGCUUCCCAUCCGAUGUAAUCGUUUCAAGUGGCGGCGGAGACAACAUGAUGGCUGCUAUCGGUACUGGUAAUGUUAAGCCAGGCGUUAUUACAUGCUCAUUAGGCACAUCUGGAACCAUUUUCUCAUACGCAAGUUCUCCAAUUGUUGAUAAACAAGGAGAAUUAGCUGCUUUCUGCUCAAGUAACGGCGGAUGGCUUCCUUUGAUAUGUACAAUGAAUGUUACAGUGUCAACAGAACAAGUUCGUAACUUAUUAAGAGUUGAUAUCAAAGAAUUCAACAAUUUGGUCAUCCAAGCGAAGCCAGGAUCCGAUGGAUUACGUCUCUUACCAUAUUUCAAUGGCGAGAGAACCCCUGCAAGACCAAGAGGACAUGCAGUUUUCUCUGGAAUCACAUCUUCGAACUUUACACGCGAAAACAUGGCCAGAUGUGCCAUGGAAGGUGCAACAAUGUCAAUCAGAUAUGGCAUUGACAUCCUCGAGAGAUGUGGAAUCAAGAAAGCUGAAGUAAGAUUAGUAGGUGGUGGAUCAAAGUCUUUAAUUUGGAGACAGAUCAUCGCUGACAUCUUUGAUUGCCCUGUUGUCAUCCCAGAUGCAGCCGAAGCUGGUGCAAUGGGUGGUGUUUUGCAGGCAAUGGCAUGCGCAACAGGAAAGGACCUUAUCGAGUUAUGUGAUGAACACGUGAAGGUCUCUGGAUCAAAGUUGAUGCCAAUUCCUGAAAAUGUCAAAGUAUAUGAAACUGUAUACAAAGAAUAUUUGAAACUCGACAAAGCUUCACAGCAGCUUUAA